AGACGGCGGUAUGCAUAUCAGCAUACCGCCGUCUGAUUGGCUACAGACCGGCUACCGACUCGAAGCUCUUGACGUUUCCAUGUGCACUGAUAGAUUUCACUGAUCGGACCGAUGGCCAUCCCUGGCGCCGACGGUAGCCGCAAGCGCGCGGCACCACGCUCCCCGCGCAAUAACAGCUACGGCACUGGCGUAUUCUGCGAGUCCAAGCGUCCAAGCGACGAAAACGCGGCGGCUGAAGACCCAGAGGAGGAAGCCAAGGACAGCGACGUGUUCCUUCGGAGAGGAGCGCGCCAGCUCCAAACUCAAACGCUACGCUUGCGUCGCAACGUGGCUUGCACCUUUGUGGUGGGCGUGGGUAUCAUCAUACUACUGCUCGUGUCCUACGUACACAAGGAGCGAAACCAGAGUCUGCGUACGGCUACGGGGCUUGCUUCCCCUCGUCUGGAGCUGCUGAACCAGGUGCUGGAGCAACUUCCGGAGCUACCGACUCUCGAGACGAGAGCGUCAGUCAAUGGAGAGCUCAACACGACCAUCACUGUAGCUGAGAAGCUCGUGGAUAACGGGCCUAUCGCUUUCUACACACGCGCGUACGAGGACAGCGUUCCUGGUCCGAUGCUGGUCUUGAAACCAGGCGACGUAUUGAACAUCCACCUGGUCAACAACUUAGCACCUAACGUGGCUGGAGAGUGGACACCCAACACAAUGCACGAGCCCAACAACACUAAUCUUCACUUCCACGGGAUGCACGUGGACCCCACAGGAACCGAAGACAACGUGUUCCGAAUUGUGGCCCCUGGGGAGAGCGCAGACACCCACCUGCACGUGCCAUUGAACCAUCCGAGAGGUCUAUUCCACUACCACCCGCACUUCCACGGCUCUGUAUUCCUGCAAAUGGGCGGAGGGAUGGUGGGCCCUAUUGUCGUGGAAGAUGACCCGACGACUGUGCCGGCAGAGUACGCGGCUAUUAAGCAGCGACAUGUUCUGGUACUUCAGGAAUUCAAGUUCACUGGAGGCAUAAUGACGUCGCUGGUGGAAGCGUCCAAGGCGUCGCGCAGUACACUGGACAUGCAGCUCAUGUACACGGGCAAAGCCAAGCUGGACGCACAGGUGCGCAAGCUCUACCCGGACGUACAGGAGACUGAGCGUCCCAUUAGAAAUGCCAAGUUAUCCAAGGAACUACUGCAAGAAAUGGACUCGUCCGAGGAGAAACCUCAGAUCCCGCCUAUCGCCCAGUAUUUCUCCGUCAAUGGAGAGUAUAUGCCGAAGAUCCAAGUGCGUCCGCACGAAAACGUCCUACUCCGAAUAUUACAUGCUGGCGGUGUCGCCUCAUUAGAAGUGCAGGUGCCCGGCUGCUCCAUUAUGUUGGCUGCCAGUGACGGUCUUUACAUGCCGAAGCCACGCCCAAUGAAGACGGUGAUCCUCUUGCCUGGUGCUCGAGUUGACGUCGUUUUAAACUGCGAGCCUUCCGCAGAGAACGGCCCUGAGAUGCUACGCCCGAUUCAAUCUGUCAAGGACCCAAAACUGCACGGAUUUAUGGGCAACCACUCGGAUCUUUACUCGGGUGUCUUGGCUUUCAUUCACGUUCAAGGCGAGUCACUAGAUGAGCCCGUUAUCACAGCUGUGCCUCCUCCCUCAGAGCUCUAUGGACCUUCCACAAGUCUACUUGACCUGUCAGCGGAAGACCGUGCCGCGAUGGAUCCGCUCCCGUUUGAGUUCGAGUUUACAAUGGGAGACCCGGAGAUGAAGGACGGAUUCUACUACAAACCGUACUACAUCAACCACGCACUAUUCGACGGCAGUAGCAUCCGAACGAUGCCCCUCGGUCGGGUACAGGAGUGGGUCAUCAUUAACAAAAGAGACGAGAGCGGCGAAGUGACACUCAAGAACCACCCGUUCCACUUGCACACGAACGCUUUCCAGAUUGUGGACAUGAGUCACGGCCACGGCGUCGACUACGAGAUCGGCGACUGGCGCGACGUCAUCUCCGUCCCCACUCCCGGUAACGUGACCAUCCGGUUCCGACCGGAAGACUAUACCGGUAUUGUGGCGGCACACUGUCAUAUUCUCGGUCACUCUGACGCUGGUAUGAUCGCUGGUGUGGAAAUGAUAUCUGGGGACUAGAAAAAAUCAUAAGGUAUGCAAUUGAAAUGUUAAGAAAAAAAAAAGUUUUGCACUGUCAUCGUUCUCUACGCUACUGUGCGUUGAGUUCGUCUUGGAU